AUGAAGUUCACACUCAGUGUAUUGGCGUUUGUUGCGUCUGCCAAUGCUUGGACCAUGCAGUUCGACUGUCCCAGGGGAUCUCACUUCGAAGGAUCCUAUUCCGGCACUAAGAACAAGGGCUGCACGAGCAUCCCAGCAUGUGUCCCGGGCGAUCAUAUGGUUUGGGGUAACACCAAGAAGUCCAACUGUGUUCUGAGGCUGUACGCCGCUUCACCCUGUGCCGCUGAACAGGAGAUUGGGCAUUCCAAGGAAAAUUGGGAUCAUAAGUUCGGCCAAGCUGUUUUUGCAUGGGGAGUCACGAAUUGUUAG